UUGAUUGAUGAAUUUAGAACAAGUCAGUGCUGCCCAGCUUGUGAACGUAGAAGUCUUGAAACGUUUCGGAUGGUCGAUAACCCGCGCCCUCAUAGACGAAGAGCAAAUCCUCGUGUAAUCAGACAUGGUCUCUUAAGAUGUACAAAUCAUAAUUGUAGAGCCAUGACUAAUAACACAAAUAGGAUUGUUCUUCGUCUAUGGAAUUGUGAUAUGGCUUCUUGCUUGAACAUGGUUGAUAUUGUUCGAUCUCUUCGUGCUGGAAAUGGCAUCCCCCCAAGAUUUCGACGUGGAGAGGCUCCCCAGAACCAACGGAGAAAAGCAAGAACCCAAAAUGAACAAGCAAACAUUAGAAAUGUUCGUCAACGUCGCAACUAG